CAAAAGCAGAAAAUCGGGUUACUUCGGAAGCAGUUGAGGCAAGGGUGGGAGAGUUGUUGUUAUCAAGCGCGGACACAGCACCAAAGCUUCUCGAAACACUGUCCGGCAUAGUCGGCAAGGAAAAGUUGCAUGAGAUAGAGCAUCCGGGUAUGGAAUUUGGGGACUUGAUUCGAGAGAAGUUGGGCGUACAAAAGCAGCAGUACUACACGAUGAACAAAGCAACUAGUCCCACUGACUCUACGUGUAGUGGGGUAUCUUCAAGUACUAGCGCACGACCAAGUACAUUCGUGCACGUGCCAACGACUAGUUCAUCUAGAAUCAACCGCGGCCCAGAGCAAGGCAAGAACGUGAGGAGCAGCUCGAGCUCCUCUAGCACAACUUGUGUACCACAAAGACAUAACGGUCAAGCACCAGUGCCUGCCGGUGCUUCAAGAUUCAACGAAGGCAAAAGCUGGGUCCUGCAUCGCCAGACAACUGCGUGGGAUAAGCUUCCCACCGAUUUUAAGGAGGCUGUAGUGCUUUACAUCGAACGCGAGAACCUACAAAUAGACAAACGGCUGGAGAAAGAACGGGAUCAUCUGCAAGGACACGAACGAAGCAAAUUGAAGGGGAAGAAGAUACUCCCCUUCGGUGAACAUCAAUGUCGCGAGUACUCCUGGGUCUUCGAGCGUAAGUGGAAUUGGGUUGACAAUUGGUUGCUCCGAAAGCAAGCGCAAGGACACCUGCGUCACGCGCAUCUGCGGGAUUUAGCGAACUUCUGUGCUUCGGAGAAACAACGGCAAGACAAUGUAGAAUGGGGUAACCAUCAAACCAAUCACAGUCACGCGUCGUGGAAAGGACACCAUCGGCAGCAUGCUCACAAGGGUGGUGGGAAAGGACGGCCGGGCCCUUACAGCAUGGGAAGAUAAAUGAAAGAAAGACUCUAGAACCUCAGUCUGAGUAUAGACUGCUUUAUCACAUAGAGGAUCCGACUCCGAAUACAACCCGCACAUCAGAACAACGACAACGAUAGUUCUUUCUUAGUAGAAAAAAAAUCCAUACUAUUCUUACAUGAUCCGGGGAGCAACUCUAAGUUACUAAGAAUAGCUCUCAGUACUAAACAUCUACAAGUACUAACUUCGCUGCUCCUUCUUAGGAUUUCCACGACGCUUCGGGUCGCAAACAACUAGAGAUAAUUCAAUAGGCCAGGCGUACUUGGAUUCUGGCUUAGUCCUAGCCAGCGAAUGCGCCGUUUUACCCGCGCUUCCUUGACAUAUCUCCGAGCUCCUGGAAAAGCUCCGAACCCUGUGUGUUCGUGUUGUACGUGACGGAAAUCAACAGCCUAUAUAUCGGUAUUUAUGUGCUAAGCGUCUCGUUUCUUGAAGCCACGUUUCGAUACAGAUAGUAGUAGUACCGUGAAAGAGUCUGUUCUUGUAGGCCUACACGCGAAGAUAUUGAAGAAUUUUUGUUGUAAGCACC